AUGUCAUCAAAUGACCCCCUCAAGACGGAAGACUACCUCGUCUGUUCUACCUGCGGAACGCAGUUCCCAACCAUAGAUCGGUCCUCUUUGAAAACUUGCUUCAUUUGUGACGACCCACGCCAAUACACACCUCCCUCGGGCCAGUCCUUUACGACGCUGGCCGCGCUGCGCGGGAAGCACAAGAACGUGUUCCACCCCUUGCCCUCUGCUCCCGAGACCUUCACGUCCAUCGUCAGCGAGCCCAAACUCGCCAUCGGGCAGCGGGCGAUCCUGGUCCGCACGCCCCGGGGGAACAUCCUGUGGGACUGCGUGACGCUGCUGGACUUGGCGACCAUCUCCAAGAUCCGGGAGCUGGGCGGGCUGCGAGCCAUCGUCAUCUCGCACCCGCACUACUACAGCACGCACGUGGAGUGGGCGCAGGCGUUUGGAUGUCCGGUGUACCUUGCGGCCGAGGACAGGCGGUGGGUUGCCCGGGAGUCGGAGCACCAGGUGUUCCUGUCCGAGAGGGAGUUCGAUGUCCCCAUCGACGGGGAGCCGUCGGGCGUGAAGGCCCUAAAGCUGGGAGGGCAUUUCCCUGGCUCCCUUGUUGUGCUUCACAAGUCCCAUCUGUUGGUGGCGGACACGCUCAUGACGACGCCGGCCGGACUGGGCAACUGGGAGGUCGACGGGCUCGGCGAGGCACGGGAGGGAGGCAGGCCAGAGGGGUUGAAUAGUUAUAGUUUCAUGUGGAGUAUUCCAAACAUGAUUCCACUGGCGCCCGACGUGAUCGAGCGGAUGUGGCAAGUCUUGAAAAAUCAUAGAUUUAAGAGUUCGCACGGAGCGUUCCUGGGGACGGAUAUCGUUGGUAAAGUGGAAGAGGAGAUGCGAAGAAGAGUCUUGGAAAGCAUGCAAAUUCAGAUAGGGAAUAUGGGCUAUACGGAGCAUCCUUUAUUAGGCGAGAACUAG